AUGUGGUGCCACUAUCUCCUGCUCUUGUCCACAUUGGGCAUGGCAGCUGCCGUCUCCAGAGGACGGGAGCAUGCGAUCCACGGGGCGUCCAUGUUCGCCGAUCUCACUCCCCGCGAGAUGAAUGCUGUGCGGGAUUUCCUAAUGUCUCGUAAGGAGUUAGGGCUCACCGCCACCCGGACCACAGAGCUGAAGAAAAACAGCAUCAUCCUGAUGGAGCUGCACCUGCCCCGCAAACAUGAAGCCCUGAGGGCGCUGGACCGAGGCCAGGCUAAGCCUAUGCGCCAUGCCCGGGUGGUGGUGCAGUUCGGCAAUCAGCCCCAGCCCAACAUCACCGAGUAUAUUGUGGGGCCCCUGCCCUCACCUAACAGCUACCAGCUCAAGACCUUUAAGGAUAACCAGGCAAUCAAGUUUGAGUCACGGCCCAUGUCAUGGGGCGAGUACGAGCACAUUGCCGCCCUUCUGGAGAAGAUCACUCAGAAGGCCCACAAGCUCCUGCUGGAGAGCACAGGCUUCUCCAUGUAUAACUGCAGCAACCGCUGCCUGACUUUCUCUGACAUAGCACCCCGUGGGCUAGCUUCGGGUGAGCGGAGGACCUGGAUCAUGCUGCAGAAGUUUGUGGAGGGGUACUUCAUCCACCCAGUGGGGUUUGAGGUCCUUGUUAAUCACCAAAACCUGGACCCAGAGCAGUGGAGCGUGGAGAAGGUCUGGUACAACGGGCAAUACUUUGAUAGUGUGGAGGAGCUGGUGGAGCGUUACGACAAGGGAGAGAUAAAUAAGUCGAAGUUGCCAGAGCACGAUGACCAGGACCUGUACUCCACCUACAUUCCCCGUGGCCAUGGAAACACACGCACAGAUAUACAUGGACCCAAACUGGUUGAGCCUCAGGGGCCACGCUACCAUGUGGAGGGUAACUUCGUGGAGUACGCUGGCUGGUCCUUUGCUUUCCGUGUGCGCUCAUCCGCUGGGCUUCAGGUCUUUGACGUCCGCUUCAACGGGGACAGGGUGGCCUAUGAGAUCAGUCUGCAGGAGGCCAUUGCUUUCUACUCUGGAGACACCCCCGCCGCUAUGCAAACCAAAUACAUCGACGCUGGCUGGGCCAUGGGCACAUCUGACUAUGAGCUGGCCCCGGGUAUUGACUGUCCCGAAAUCGCCACAUUCUUGGACGUGUACCACUACUACGACACUGACAAGCCUGUGCGCUAUAGGAAUGCCUUGUGCAUCUUUGAGAUGACAACAGCGAUGCCUCUCAGAAGACACUUCAACAGCGACUUCAACGGAGGCUACAACUUCUACGGAGGCUUAGAGAAUCAUGUCCUGGUGAUCCGGACAACAUCAACGGUGUACAACUAUGACUACAUCUGGGAUUUCGUUUUCUACCAGAACGGGGUUAUGGAGUCACGGGUCAGUGCCACGGGCUACAUCCAUGCCACCUUCUUCACACCUCAGGGGCUCCAUUACGGGACCAAAGUCUACAACUAUGUCUUAGGGAACCUCCACACACACCUCAUCCACUACAAAGUGGACUUGGACUUAGCUGGGCGAGAGAACAGCUUCGAGACCAUGGACCUGAAUUACGAGGAGCUCACCAACCCGUGGAGCCCAGAGCACAAAAUUAAACAGUCCCGCCUUGUCCGCACGCAACGCGAAAAGGAGCGGAACGCCGCCUUCCGCUUCGGCAAGAAGUUCCCCCGCUACCUGCACUUCUACAACCCCAACAAAAAUAACAAGUGGGGCCACGCGAGGGGUUACCGCAUCCAGUACAACUCCCACGGCCACAGCGUGCUGCCCCGCGGCUGGAGAGAGGAGAACGGCAUCACAUGGUCCAGGUAUCAAUUAGCAGUGACACGACAUAGAGACUCCGAGGCAACCAGCAGCAGUAUCUACACCCAGAACGACCCCUGGGAACCUGUGGUUUCCUUUGAGGACUACAUCCGUAACAAUGAGAACAUUGUCAACCAGGAUCUGGUUGCCUGGGUGACGGUCGGCUUCCUACAUGUCCCACACUCAGAGGACAUCCCCAACACGGCCACGCCUGGUAAUGCAGUGGGCUUCUUCCUCCGCCCCUUCAACUUCUUCGAUGAGGACCCAUCUCUCGCCUCCCGGAGCACAGUUAUCGUACGGCCAGGGAAGGACAGGAAGCCAGAGGUGCAGCGGUGGACCCCUGAGGUCGUUGGCCACUGUGUCUCGAACAAGCCAUUCUUCUACAAUGGCACCUACUCUGGGGUUUGAGAAUAGCCUCUCUCCUCUUUGUACAUGAAAGACACUGUGGGCCAUAUACAUGCCAGAGCUUUAUCAAUCAAGUGAGGACUCAAAAAGUUUAAAUGACAGUGUGUAA